AUGACCUCACAUUCCUUAGAAGUGUAUGGUAAAGGUACUGCUGUAUGGUGGCCUGAUGACAAAAUUGGCUGGAUAAGCGCUCAAUUGUCAUCAAAAGAAGUUAGCAGUAAUGACGUUAAAUUAAUUUUCAUAUCCGAUGACGACAAAAAGGAAUUAAUUGUCACAACUACUUUACAAAAACUUGAAAAAUCAAAUAAUGCCGAAUUACCACCUCUUCGCAAUCCUCCUAUGCUUGAAGAUGUUGAUGACUUGACAAGUUUAUCUUAUCUUAAUGAACCUGCAGUACUUCACACAAUCAAAAUAAGAUAUCUUCAAAAUAUUAUUUAUACCUAUUCUGGUAUAGUUUUAAUCGCAACAAACCCUUUUCAAACUGUUCCCUUGUAUUCCCAAGAUAUAAUCAAUGCAUAUUCUGGUAAACGUUGUGGAGAAUUAGAGCCACAUUUAUUUGCCAUUGCUGAAGAUGCUUAUAGAUGUAUGUUGAGAGAGGAAAAAAAUCAAACCAUUGUUGUAUCAGGAGAAAGUGGUGCUGGUAAAACAGCUAGCGCCAAGUACAUAAUGAGAUAUUUCGCAUCAGUAGACGAUAAAGAAAAACCAAAAAGUGCAAAAAAAGUAUCCAGUAAUCCAUCUGGAAUGAGUGAGGUUGAAGAACAAAUUAUGGCCACUAAUCCCAUUAUGGAAUCUUUUGGUAAUGCAAAAACUACAAGAAAUGAUAACAGUUCUCGUUUUGGAAAAUAUUUAGAGAUUUUAUUUGAUAUAAAUCAAAACAUUAUUGGUGCCAAAAUUAGAACAUAUUUAUUAGAACGAUCCAGAUUAGUUUAUCAACCAGAGUCAGAAAGAAAUUAUCAUAUUUUUUAUCAGAAUUUGGAACUUGGUGAUUAUUCUCAAUUUCAUUAUUUGAGACAAGGCGGUCAUGGAACAAUAAAUGGAGUUGAUGAUGCACAAGACUUUGAGAUUACUCAAAAAUCAUUAUCUAGGAUAGGGAUAACAAUUCAAGUUCAAUGGCAAAUUUUUAGGCUCUGCGCUGCUCUUUUACAUCUUGGCAAUAUUCAAAUCACUGCAAGUCGUGAUAUGGCCGUGAUUUCAGAUACUGAUCAAGCUUUAGUAACUGCUACAAAGUUACUUGGCAUAGACAAAGCAGAGUUCAGAAAAUGGACUGUCAAGAAACUAAUUGUCGCACGAACUGAAAAGAUUUCUACAGAUUUAAAUGAACAACAAGCCACAGUUGUCAGAGAUUCGGUGGCAAAAUAUAUAUAUGCUAAUUUGUUUGAUUGGCUUGUUUACAUUAUUAAUGAAAGUUUAUGUAGUGAUGAUAUAACUCAAAAUAUAAAAAGUUUUAUUGGUGUCCUUGAUAUCUAUGGGUUUGAACAUUUUGAGAAAAAUUCUUUUGAACAAUUCUGUAUUAAUUAUGCAAAUGAAAAAUUACAACAACAGGAGUAUAUUCGUGAAAAAAUUAAUUGGAAUUUUAUUGAUUUCAGUGACAAUCAACCAUGCAUUGAAUUAAUAGAAGGAAAAAUAGGAGGAAAAUUAGGUAUUCUUACUCUUUUGGAUGAGGAAAGUCGUUUACCAUCUGGUACAGACAGCUCUUGGUGCAACAAAUUAUAUCAACACUUUAAUACACCUGCAUAUGAAAAAUAUUUUCGGAAACCAAGAUUUGAAAAUGAUGCUUUCACAAUUAAUCAUUAUGCAAAUGAGGUCACCUAUGAUGCUGAAAAUUUUCUUGAAAAAAAUAGAGACACUGUACCAGAUGAACAUCUUAAUUUAUUAAAAAAGACAAAUUUUGAAUUCUUGGAAGAAAUACUCAACAUAACAUCACCUCCAAGUUCACCUGUAGCUGGCAAGCCUGAAAUAAGACGUACAAGCUUACCAACUGCAAAAAAAACAACUUUAGGUUCAAUAUUUAAGAAAUCCUUGAUUAAUUUGAUGGAAACAAUCAGUUCAACAAAUGUGCACUACAUUCGUUGCAUUAAACCAAAUGAGAGUAAAGUAGCAUGGAAAUUUGAACCUCAGAUGGUUCUUUCUCAAUUAAGAGCCUGUGGUGUUUUGGAAACUAUUCGUAUUAGUUCUGCUGGUUAUCCAACUCGUUGGUUAUUUGAUGAAUUUGUUCAAAGAUAUUAUAUGCUUGUCCAUUCAUCAAAAUUGGGCCCAGACACAAAAAAAAUAUGUUCAAUAAUUCUAGAUUCUUCAAUCAAACAAGCUGAUAAAUAUCAAGUGGGCUUAACUAAACUAUUUUUCCGUGCUGGAAUGUUGGCUUAUUUGGAAAAACUUCGUCUUGAUAGAUUGAACGAAUGUGCGACUCUUGUGCAAAAAAAUAUGCUUAGGCACAAGCAUAGGAAAAGAUAUCAAACAACUAGAACAUCCAUUAUUACAAUUCAAUCAUUAUAUCGACGUCGUAAGGCUAUACAAGAGCUUCGACGAUUACGUGAAAAAAGAGCUGCUAUUACAAUUCAAAAAUAUUGGAGAGGUGAUAUUCAAAGAAAACGAUAUUUACGUGCCAAAAAUGCAAUUUACAAAUUGCAAACUGUUAUCCGUGGUGUUAUUGCAAGGAAAAGAUAUUAUGAGAUGCUUUGUAAUAUUUCUGCAACUAAAAUUCAAGCUGUAUAUCCUAGAACUGAACUCAAAAAGUUAAAAAUUGAAGCACGUUCUGCAACUCAUUUCAAGGAAGUUUCGUAUAGACUGGAAAACAAAGUUAUUGAGCUUACCCAAAAUUUGGAACAAAAAGUUCAAGAAAAUAAGGAUCUUGAGUUGAGAACUAAUGCGUUAGAAAAUCAAAUCAAAUCUAUGUUUGAAAAAUAUGAGAAAUUGGAAAGUGAUUCAAAGAAUUUCAAAAAUGAAACAUCACGGUCCACUGUUAGAGUUGAAGAAUUUAAAGUACUGCAAACUGAAAAAGAAACUUUAGAAAAUCGGUAUCGCACAUCAUUGGACAGCAUCAAAAAACAAGAUACAGAAAUACAAAAACUCACAAAUGAAAUCAGUAAAAAAGAUGAAGAAGUUGCCAAACUUCGUGCAACUAAUGCUAAAUACAAGGGUACAGAAGAUCCAGCCACUGUCCUCGGACUGAAACAAGAGAUAGCUGCUUUAAGAGAACAAUUGGCUAAGGUUAAGACUGCUGGUAUAAGGGGAACAUCCCCGCCUCCAUCAUAUCAACAUCGUCAAGAAAUUGGUUACUUAACUGCUGCUAAUAAUUCAUCUCUUAAGCCUCCAACAUCUCAGAAACGAAGAAAUCGAAGGCAUAGUACUGCUGAUUCUUGGGGUCCUACUGAAGUUGCUAAAAGAAAAAAUAGAACAUCAACUGAUUUGGUAAUGGCUGAAAUCAAAAAAGGUGGUCUAAGACCAGUUUCUGUACCACACGCAAAUACAAAUAUUCCAAAAAUUCGAUCUCGAUCUCCAGGUGGACGAAUUCAUUUAUCAAACAUUGAAGAUGAUCCAGAAGAAGAGAUUAUGAAACUUUUAGAAGAUGAAGAAACUCUUGAUGAAGAAGUGAUUAAUGGAUUAAUUAAAUCAUUAAAAAUACCUUUACCGAGUUUACAAAAUCCUCCUUCACAAAAAGAAAUACUUUUUCCUGCUCGCUUGAUAAUUUUGUUGUCUAAACAAAUGUGGAAACUUGGGUUUAUAAAAGAAUCUGAAAGAUUAUUUGCUAAUGUUAUGAAAACUAUUCAAGAGCAUGUUAUGGAGUUUGAAGGUGAUAAUGCAAUUCUUCCAGGUGCUUUUUGGUUGUCUAAUGUACAUGAAUUAUUAUCAUUUGCCAAUGCAACUGAAAAAGAUACGCUUCGUGGAGUAAAUCCUUUAGUAGAUCCCAAUGAUAAAGACUUUGAAUGGCAUGAUUAUGAAAGAUUAGUAUCGAUUGUUAAGCAUGAUUUGGAAAGUUUAGAGUAUAAUAUUUAUCAUACUUGGAUGAAAGAACUUAAGAAACGAUUGUCUAAGAUGAUCAUUCCAGCUGUUAUUGAAAGUCAAUCAUUACCUGGAUUCAUAACUAGUGAAAGCCGUUUCGUUGCCAAACCUGCCGCGGGUCCUACACCACCUGCAUUCAGCAUGGAUGAUCUGCUUAAUUUUUUGAAUAAAGUAUGGAAAUCAAUGAAAUCUUAUUAUGUUGAACUGUCAGUUAUUCAACAAGUGGUCAUUGAGUUGUUGAAAUUAAUUGGUGUAUCAUCAUUCAAUGAUUUGUUAAUGAGAAGAAGUUUCUGUUCAUGGAAGAGAGCUAUGCAAAUUCAAUAUAAUAUUACUAGAAUAGAGGAGUGGUGUAAGAGUCAUGAAAUGCCUGAAGGUACACUUCAAUUAGAACAUCUUACCCAAGCUACUAAACUACUUCAACUCAAAAAGGCAACACCAAGUGACAUUGAAAUUAUUUAUGAUGUAUGUUGGAUGUUAACUCCAACACAAAUUCAAAAACUUAUAAAUCAUUACUUUGUUGCUGAUUAUGAGAAUCCAAUCAGUCCUGAAAUUUUGAAAGCAAUAGCAGGUCGAGUGGUUCCUAAUGAUAAAAAUGAUACAUUGUUACUUGACACAACACCAUUAGAAGAUUCUGGGCCAUUUGAAGUUCCAACUCCACGUGAAGUUCAUCCACAUGAUAACUACUUACCGGCUUGGCUAAAUUUACCACAUUUAAAGCGUAUUGGAGCUUUAUCGGAUAAAUCAAAAUAA